UCGAAGUGAAGCCUGCUGGCAGAUGGCUUCCAUCAGGUUUAUGACCAGUUAUGAGCUGAAUGAUCUGGCACGUGAUCCUCCAGCACAAUGUUCAGCAGGGCCUGUUGGUGAUGACAUGUUCCAUUGGCAAGCUACAAUAAUGGGACCAAAUGACAGUCCCUAUCAGGGUGGCGUAUUUUUCUUGACAAUUCACUUCCCAACAGAUUAUCCCUUCAAACCACCUAAGGUUGCAUUUACAACAAGAAUCUAUCAUCCAAAUAUUAACAGUAAUGGCAGCAUUUGUCUUGAUAUUCUACGGUCACAGUGGUCUCCAGCACUAACUAUUUCAAAAGUACUUUUGUCCAUCUGUUCUCUGUUGUGUGAUCCCAAUCCAGAUGAUCCUUUAGUGCCUGAGAUUGCACGGAUCUACAAAACAGAUAGAGAAAAGUACAACAGAAUAGCUCGGGAAUGGACUCAGAAGUAUGCGAUGUAAUUAAAGAAAUUAUUGGAUAACCUCUACAAAUAAAGAUAGGGGAACUCUGAAAGAGAAAGUCCUUUUGAUUUCCAUUUGACUGCUUUCUAUGAGCCCACGCCUCAUCUUCCCCUGUGCACAUGUUUACCUGAUACAGCAGUGCUGCGUGUUGUACAUACUUGGAACAACAAAAUAGAAAUACUGUAUUUCCCCGUACCAACAUCGACUCCUAGCAAAGAAGUGUGUGUGUGUGAGUGUGUGUGAAAAGCUAGUUCUUCAGUCAUAACUUUGUGAGCCUAAAAGCAUUCCUCAGUUGGGUAAUGCAGUGUGAAUGGGAGAGUUCUGGUGGGUGCUAUAAUAUUCCUAGGGACAGUUUUGCCUAUCCAUGAAGGAUUUUAAGCGGAAUCCUUUUAAACUCAUAACAGUUAUGAAAAGCAAGGUGAAGAACUUGGAAGCUGUUUCUGUAUUCAUUUUAUUCUGAAGGACCUACACCUUAGGUAAAUGUUAUGACCAAUGAGAAACUGUACCCACAUCCUGUGUUUAAGGUCUAAGUUUAACUGGUCAGCAUUUAAAUGGAUUGGAGCUAUUAGUGCAUCAAGUGAUGUUGAUUUGUUUCAACUCUUUUCCCUCCCUCAUACUUUUUUUGGUUUGUAUGUGGUUUCUCAGUUAAUACAUAGCUAAUAGCUCUUAUUUUUCUUAAGUUUUUUAACUGCUUAGGUCUUUCUGGAUGUAAGGGUAAAAAUUCAUUUGACAGAAAACUUGUGUAUAUUUAAAGACCCAACCGCUCCCCUGGAGCUUGUACGUUCAAGAAUGAUUAAUCUGUGUAAUAAACUGAUUACUACAGUCAUUACAUAUAACUUUGUGUGAAUAGGCUUUUAAUUUUAAGAGCAGUUUGUUACAGGCUAAAACUAAUGGUGGAUUUCCUUAAAACUUCAGCGUUCAAAUGGUUGCAUUUGAAAAUCAUGAAGCAAUUUGGUUUGCAUCACACAAGGCUAUGCAGCUGAACAAGGCAGACAGCUUAAAAACUUAGGUGAAAUGAAGAUGUGUAGUGUGCCAGGAACUCGACUGUUAAACCAAAUAAGCAGUUUACUGAAUGAGAAUCUGAGUGACAUUUUACAAAGCCUAAUGGUAUUAUUCCCACUUGCAUGGGAUUUAACACAAUGCAUAUGUACUGUAGGUAAGUGAAACCUUAUGUAAUUAAAAUAAUGGAUGUAAAAGGGUAAAAAAAGAAUUACCAAACACAUCAGCACAAACUUUCAUAAAAUGUAGCUUUUACAUAAUUACUUUGCACUAAACAUUUGCAAAUGUUCAUACAGUUUUAAAUUGUACUUGUAUGUGUCUUUUUUGAACAAAAAUCUUCACUUGAAUCUAGUGAACCAUGUAGUUUGAAACUUUCCUUUGUAUACAAGUGUAUUUGCCAGCAUCAUUCAUGUGAAAUAGGUGAGUCUACAAGUUUAUCUCCUCUUAAGAUAAUUGUAAACAAAGCCAUCAACUCUAAAGGAGAGGCUGUAGCCUCCAGCUCUCUGGCCACAGGGGUCUGUCCCAUCCAUUUUCAAAUGCAUCUUUACACUCUUGCACAAAUGAGGAAUAAAUGUCCACUGCUUUUGGUCUAAACCUGUUCCACUCGUCUCAUCUCUCAGUGUCCUUGUGUAUACGCUUCUGGAUGUAAAUGUUAGCAGGUUGGUGUGCUUGGGGUGUUUUUUUUCUUUUAGUCUUCUGUACAGCAAGCUGUAGAUGAGACUUGGAUGUGAGCGYGUCUCCUGCAGGCGUGAAGACUGCAGGGAUGAUCCAGAGCUACUGGGAUGCUGGGGGAAAUGUGCUGUGCAGAGGUAUGAGCUGGUUGUUGAGUCCUUUCAAACUCAGUACUUGAUGUUACACCACGAGUCUUUUGGGUGGUAGGCCAUCUGAUGCUUUCUAUAUGAGAAGCAUGGCCCUGCAUGGAAAUGUAGCCUCUAAAGUGAAAACURCUGCAGUGGCAAAAUUAGAAAGCAGGUUAGUAGCUACAGGUUUGCCUGAACUUAAUGUUGUAUUAACYAUUAAUUGUAAUCUGGCCUUCUUGCUAAACCUCUGUCUUAACGUGUAGGCUAGCGCUCCUGCUGACCCCUUGGUGGUGGGGAGAGAACGUGAACCAGCUGCUGCAAAGACACCCAUCCAGGUUUUGGGGAGGGGGUGGUCGUGUUUUCUUUGAGAUGUACAAGCAGGUUUGGGUUGGAGCUGCUGCACGCCUAGCAGCAAGGUGUUUUGGGCGGGCUCCCUUUACUGCUUUACAAGAGCAUUUUUGGGGACAGGUCUGUCUUGUAACUGCAGCUGCUGAGGCCUGGAGCCGGUCAGGAGACCUGCACAAGAGCUGUAAGCUGGAGAGCAAAAGCAAGGAAUAGUAGCAAGUACAGAAGAUGAGGGCGAUACUUCCCUCUCUGGGAAGGUGCAGAAGCAGCAGCACGUGCUUGGUGACAGCAUUGCAACCACAUAUCAACUGUAACAGGUUCUGGGUGCGUGGACAACCUCAGCUCACAUACAGCGUUAACGCUUCCUUGUGGUGAAGGGAUUGACGUUUUUUGGCCGAAGCACCUUAGCAGUUYGGGGUUGUGGGGUUUUGUUGUUGUUUUGUGUGUUCUCUUCUUCUGGUGGCAUCACARAAGCCAUGGCUUGGGCAGAGGAAGCCUCGCAGGACGGGCUGGGCUGCCUCUCCUGUGGGUUGGCAGCUUGUUGAGGAGGGUGCUGCAAACCAGAGAACCUUGCAAGUGCCAUCUGUCAUGGUCGUUCCCAGGGCAGGGAAUGGUCCUGUGGACCUGCUCUYUAAAAACCCUUGUAGUGCCCAGCURUGUUUUAAAGCAUGAAACAGUACAGGAAGCYGCAGAUAGUUUGUUGCCUUUCUAGAAGCUCAGGUUGUUGAGUGAAGCAUUUUUCAGUCACUUUUUUUUUUCUUUGACUUGAUAGUUCUCUACUUUGCAUGACUGUCUUUGCACUGAGACUCCUAUGGACAUAGAUAGUAAGUGCUUAUUCAAUUUCCUUUUCUCCUUUUGCUGUGUGCUUAAGCAAGGUUUAUUUUGUAAAGUUACUCCUCAGCUAUUUGGAUUGCUCUAACUCCGGCAAUGACGUAAAGCUGGAACACUUACGUGACUGGAUGCAUUUGAUGUGUUCSUCAACACCCAUCUCCUAAAACAGAACAAGCCGGGGAACAAAUGACUCUGA